AGAAAAAAUCUGGAUUUCAAAAAAAUUGUCUUAAGAUCCGGGUUUCACGAUGAAUUGGAAAGUGGCAUUCCUUUUAUUACUAAUGAUCGAUGCAGUAUUCUCGUACUUUCCCGUUUUUGUUGGGAUGUUUCAUUAUUUUUAUCAUCUAUAUGACUGUAUUAAUACUUGUGACUUAACUGAGGACGUAGCUGAGGAACACCUACUUUGUGCAAAAUACGGUUUCACAAAAGUAAGCCUGGAUAACAAGAAAUUCAAUUGCAUGAAAUACAUGUGUGCUGAUGGAUACAAGAUGCGAUUCUUAUAUAUGGGAAAAUGUGGUCGCCCAAUUCCAUCAACGGGGCAUAUUUCUACUGAACCAAAAACACCGCCGACUGAUGUGCAGUUAGCUUAUCUGUACCAUGCUAAUGGAAGAAGACGCAGUUUACAUUCAAGUGCUGCAUGA